CGGCCACCUGCCCUUCGCGAGCCCUGCGGGCGCCCACGCCCUGCGUCUGCAGCACCUGCGCUAGGGCGAGGGUCGCCGCGCUGUGCCGCCGCGCGCCCCUUCGUCCCCGUCGCCCCGAUCCCAGCCCCUCCCUGCACAGGAAGGAUUUCUCGGUGCAGGAUCCGGCCGAAAGCUGGGGAGCCAGCGCUGCCUCUCUGCUCCCUCGCCCCCGCCCCCCGUCCUGCUAUAAAUAACCGGGACCAGCGGGUCAGGAACGUCACACGCGGAGAAGCCCGGACCCCGUGGUUCACUCUCUGGGACCGGGGGCAAGGGGUGAGGAGCAGGAGAGAGGAAUUGCUCGAAAUCUCGGUGCCCGGCAGCCGCCGCUGCCCCUUUGAUGUUUUGGUUCGCCGUGCGCAUGCGCCUCCCAUUAGAAUUACUGCACUGGGCAGACUAAGUUGGAUCUCCUUUCUUCAGUGAAACCUCAAUUCCAUCCAAAACUAAAGGGAUGUGGAGAGUCCGGAGAAGGGGCUACCUUGGGAUCUGGUCAUUCCCCUUGAUAAUCGCCGCCGUCUGUGCCCAGAGUGUCAAUGACCCCAGCAAUAUGUCGCUGGUUAAGGAGACGGUGGACAGGCUCCUGAAAGGCUAUGACAUUCGUCUGAGACCAGAUUUCGGAGGUCCCCCUGUGGCCGUGGGAAUGAACAUUGACAUUGCCAGUAUUGAUAUGGUUUCUGAAGUCAAUAUGGAUUAUACUUUGACAAUGUACUUUCAACAAGCCUGGAGAGAUAAGAGACUGUCCUAUAAUGUAAUACCUUUAAACCUGACUCUGGACAACAGAGUGGCAGACCAGCUCUGGGUUCCUGACACCUACUUCCUGAACGAUAAGAAGUCAUUUGUGCAUGGAGUGACUGUCAAGAACCGCAUGAUCCGCCUGCAUCCAGAUGGCACGGUCCUUUAUGGCCUCAGAAUCACGACCACAGCGGCCUGCAUGAUGGACCUAAGGCGGUACCCACUGGAUGAACAAAACUGCACCUUGGAAAUAGAAAGCUAUGGAUACACAACUGACGACAUUGAGUUUUACUGGCGUGGGGAUGAUAACGCAGUAACAGGCGUAACAAAGAUUGAACUUCCACAGUUCUCUAUCGUAGAUUACAAACUUAUCACCAAGAAAGUUGUUUUUUCCACAGGUUCCUAUCCCAGACUUUCCCUCAGCUUUAAACUUAAGAGAAACAUUGGCUAUUUUAUCCUGCAAACGUACAUGCCUUCCAUCCUGAUUACUAUCCUCUCCUGGGUCUCCUUCUGGAUUAAUUAUGAUGCUUCAGCUGCAAGAGUGGCACUAGGAAUCACAACUGUACUUACAAUGACCACAAUCAACACCCAUCUCCGGGAGACCCUCCCUAAAAUCCCUUACGUGAAGGCCAUUGACAUGUACCUGAUGGGAUGCUUUGUCUUCGUUUUCAUGGCCCUUCUGGAGUAUGCUUUGGUCAACUACAUCUUCUUUGGGAGGGGACCACAACGGCAAAAGAAAGCAGCUGAGAAGGCUGCUAGUGCCAACAAUGAGAAGAUGCGCCUGGAUGUCAACAAGAUUUUUUAUAAAGAUAUUAAACAAAAUGGGACCCAAUCUCGAUCCUUGUGGUACCCUACUGGAAACCUCUCCCCAACUAGACGGACUACCAAUUACGAUUUCUCUCUAUAUACGAUGGACCCCCAUGAGAACAUCUUACUGAGCACUCUAGAGAUAAAAAAUGAAAUGGCCACAUCUGAGGCUGUGAUGGGACUUGGAGACCCCAGGAGCACAAUGCUGGCCUAUGAUGCUUCCAGCAUCCAGUAUCGAAAAGCUGGCUUACCCAGGCAUAGCUUUGGCCGAAAUGCUCUGGAACGACACGUGGCACAAAAGAAAAGUCGUCUGCGGAGACGUGCCUCUCAAUUGAAAAUCACCAUCCCCGACUUGACUGAUGUGAAUGCCAUAGAUCGGUGGUCCCGCAUAUUCUUCCCAGUGGUUUUUUCCUUCUUCAACAUUGUCUAUUGGCUUUAUUAUGUGAACUAAAACAUGGCCUCCCCUGGGAAGCAAGGACUAGAUUCCUCCUCAAACCAGUUGUACAGCCUGAUGUAGGACUUGGAAAACAAAUCAAUCCAGGACAAAAGUGAUGCUAAAAUACCUUAGUUGCUGGCCUAUCCUAUGGUCCAUUUCAUACCAUUUGGGUUGCUUCUGCUAAGUAUUGAAUACACUGAGGUCCUUGCGAUUUGCCAGUUGAAAUGCAAAUGAUUUGUAUACAUGCUAGCAAGAUUGAGAAUGAGUGUUCCAUUUUAUCUGCUUAGUAUGAAUACUACUCAGUGGGAAAUUAUGUAGAAGAUAUUCUUAGACUCAAUAGCAUUGCCAGUCAUUUGACUCAGAAGUGGUCAUAUCCAGUACUCCUCCUCUUCAUUGUUAAGGUUGGCAUGCUAUUGAGAUGGCCCUGUGCUUAUUGAAAUAUUUGCAACACCUUGCAGACAUGUUACUUAAAGGUGAUCGAUCGAUGCCUGUCUUAUUAAGGUAAUUGAUGGUUUACUGGGAAGAAAUGCCCGUUGGACUCUAGAAGAUAGUCAUGUGUUGGGAGCAGGACAGGGAUUUCAAGGCAGAGAUCUGAAAAACCAACUUGGCCAGUCUCUUUGCUUCAACACAAGGAAUCAAUUAUAUUGGAAUUUAGAAAUGGAGUGACUUCUGAACAAGACAGUACAUGGGGAACAAAGAAAUUUUUGCUAAGAAGUUAUUUUUCAGGUGGUUAAAAUUAGUUAAUAACACAAAGCAAAGUAGAAAAUCCAGAAAUGACAAUUUUAACAAAACUCAUGCAAGCAAGCAUGACCUUGAUCAGCUCCACACAGCACCUGAUCUAUAUGUACUGUGUCCAGUGGCAAAGUGUAGAGAGGAAUAUUUUUUCCAAUAUCAAAAGAUUUUGACAGAAUCUUAAGAGUUUUUUUAUAGUUUAUUUAGUUAAAAGUUAACUAUGAAAUAGAUAAGAUAGGAAAAGUUUAAGUAUCUUAGAUGUUCAGGAUAGAAGGGAGGUCCUUCUAAAAUAUAAAUAUAGAACACAAAGAUUACAAACACUUUUUCUCAAUGUCAGUUGUCUUUACAACGUCUCCUUAUAAAUUUAUUUCUGAAUUUAAUACGUUAUUUUGAAAGGAGAAUUUGUUCAUUGCUUUAAAGAAUGGUCCUCUCUGGUUUUUCUUGCUUCUGAAAUUCCAUUUACGUUUAUAAGAGACAGAAAAAGUGAGGCCUUGGAGAGUGAGUGAAUGGUUUUCUUAGGUACAAUGAAGUUCACCUUUCAAUUUUUGAAACCACACAAUACUUACAAGAGUACGUGCACUGAAGAGUUCAUUUAGGGUCUUGUGGGUUUGAUUUCUAAAGGGUACUUUGACUGUUUAUGCAAACAAUGUGCAUAAUCAUGGAAAAAAUGACAACUAUUGUACAAUUGGAUAACAGCAAAGACAUAGUAACAUGAUGAAUGUUAUGAGCCUCAGUUGAUAUUGCAGAAAAAUAUAUACCUGAUAAUCAGGCAGGCAUGAUAUAUUAUUUUUAUUCUGUUUUUCAAUUACUGUGUUUCUAUACUAAUUGGGCAUAUGCAUUCAUAUGUUGGACAGAAAAAACAAAGAUCGUGUAUUUUAUUUCUAUCAAUGGGAGGCUCAUAUUUUGCUUUUCUUGUAUAAAAUAAUUGCUGAAUUUUCUUUAAGGUUUGAUUUGAUUGGGCAUUGUUUUAAGGAUGACUUUGCUAUUUCUAUUUAGGAUCCAAAACAGCCUUUCAGAGUAAAAUCCUGACUGUGCAUAGUAGUCAAGGCCAGUAUCUACCUGUUGAUAAAAUGUAUGAUUUUGUCCCCUCGUGGCUUAGCAACUUAGAAUAUGAUGGAGUCCUGUUCUUCCACUUUAACUAUCACAAAACAACAAGAUGAAAGAUUUAUUGUUCAGCUUUGUGAAUUUGUCCCAAUGUUCAAUGCUAUUUCUUUCCACCAGUAUAGGAAACUCUAGCCCUAUAUUUUGAUUAUAUACUUGAACAUCUGUGAAUAUAAUCUUCAGGCAGAAUCUGAUCAAGGUUCUUCCCAUAGGCUCAGAGUAGAUAUUUAUCAAGUUUCUCCAGGGACAUACUUCUCCUAGGCAAUCAUUUUGUUGGGGCAUCACACAAAUAAAAGUGCCUGUCUCUUGUUGCCAGGGGAUAAAGUUUGAGUAAAAAAUAAAAUCAGGAAGGAGCAUAUUGAUAACUCAGGGGCACAACUCCAAAAUGCCAUUCUGGAAAGGGUUUUCUAGAGACAACUCAGAGCCCAAAUCUAGAAGUGGGCUUCUAUUUGCAAUUACUGUAAAAGCCAUAAACAAAUCCUUGUUAUUGUCAUUUAUGGUUACAACAAAAUUUUGGAUGUUCACAGGGAAGUCAAAAGUGUGAUCUAGAUCAAAAUGGAAGGGAGCCUUUUCACAGCAGGAGCCUCAUAUGGCCAGGAACCCGUUUGUAUUUUCAAGGACACAAAGAAGCUAGACAGAGGAGAAAAGACCUUGAUUGGAUGCAGUGCCCUAGAAUGAAAAACCAUAUAUUGGCACUCAGUAACAAUGUAGGUAGAAACAACUGACUCAUCCAGAAAUAACAGUAGAUGUAGAAUUUAUAAUUCUUAGACUAUAUGGUUACUCUAGUUGAAUUGAAAUGUAGUUAUCAAAUACAGGGAAGGGUGCUAGACCUGAUACAUCUAGAAAGACCAGUCGGCUUGCUAUGCAGAGAUUAAGAACUAAAGGACCACAAUGGUGUACUUUGGCAAUUCUAAUAUGGUAUUACUAUCAGUUUAUACAUACGUAUAGUUUUUCAUUUGAUUAUAAAGUAGCCCGAUAGCCAGCAAUUAAGGUGUUUUUCAUCUUUGUGAAAUUCAUAGGCAAAUUCUGACUCUAAAAUGCACAGUCUCAAUGAAAUCUUUGAUCUCAAUCUGUAUAUACAUAUUGUACAUGACUGCUAGUAGGUGUGAAAUGCAUUUCAGAAUUGAAAACUCAUGCAACAUAAUCAUGUGUUUGCAUAGGAAUGUUAAAAUUCUUUCUACUGCAAUUUAAUAACAGGGGAAAAGACUCAAGCAGUACCAUCUAGACCUUUUCUCUACUCAUUUCUUCAAAAGCAGUGCUAAGUAAAAUAACAAUAAUAAUAAUGGUUUAUGAACCAAAAGACUUUACAUUCUAGCAUUAGGAACACAAAAAAUGUCAGCUUAAAAAAGCACAACACAUACAGAAAGUGCAGUGGAACGCAUAUGGGGAAAUGAAUCACGUUUAUUUUACACCAGACCUGCAUUAAAUUGGCGACUAGGACAAUUGCCAUUUUCUGUGGGUAACUGUGUUCCAGUUUUAUAAUUCAUAUUCAACAAAAAACAGCAAAACUGCAUCAACAAAAACAGAUCUUACAACAUAACUACAUGUAUAUAUAUGUAUAUAUAGAUCCAUGUAAACAUACAUACAUAUAUGUAUUCAUAUGUUGGAACACAAACGGAUUAAGCCAAUAUGUUUUGUUUCCUUCAUCAACCCAGUGUAUGAGUAUUUUUACUGUGGCAGCCAACCAUCAUCCUAUUGAAAUAAGUAAUACAGGGUACUGAGCAUUUCUCUAUCAGCAAACCAAUGCCUCCAGUUCUUAUGAACCAUUGCACAGUUUGACACUAGUACUGUACCUCGGAACAUCAGAAGUGAACUAAGUUAACUAGUUCUCACAUUGCUUAUCUAAUUGCUCUUUUCAAGGGAACAAAUAACAUUCUCCUCUGAUGAUUUAAAAACAAACUAUGUCUUAAGAAAAUGGAAAAUGAAAAAACUCUUCCCCUGGAGGAAGAAAAAAAAAAAUGGAACUAAGCCUGUCAUGCUGGUUAGGGCAAAAUACAACUGUAGCCAUCAUGCCAUUUUGCUAAGUGUACAGAGUAUGUGUAAUGUGAGCAACCAUAACUCCACUGAGUGUGUGUAAAUAUUUAAACAGAUUUCUUAAAUAUUUUUACCUUCUGGUUUGUAUUUUAUGGUAAGGCAAUGUGCUAAUUCUGUUUAUCGCUUAGGUUGAUGUCUUAUAAUAUGUAAAUAAUUAAACAUGCUGUAAAUGAAUAGUCAGUAGGUAAAAAUAAUUGUUUAGUUUUUUCCCAUGAUUUUUAUUUUUUACUAGCUAAAGUUAAUGGAGCACCCCAGAAGAGUAAUUUAAACACCCUUUUGCAUAUAUGGUUUGGGAAUCCCAGAUAGAAGGGUUUCAGUUUGCUAUCACACACAGUGUUUCUCUCUCUUUCUCUUUCUCUCUCCUCCCUCUAUACAUACACACACACACACACACACACACACCCCACAACCUUUCACCCCUUGCUUGCUCAUUUUGACUGUCUCCCUCUAUGGGAACUGCUGUAGUGUUUGAGUAGUCUGUAAUCAAGAGAUAGCCUUAGAAAUGGCAAUUGGGAAAAGAAGGUAUCAUUGAUAAUAGAGUUCUUUGAUAUGUCACAGUUAAAGAAACCAAAGUUUGCAACCUCUUGAUUUUCAAAGAGUAAAAGCUUGUACUGGUGGCACUACAGACAAAAGUCAUUACUCAUAUCAGCUCCAAAAAUUCGGUAUACAUGAUGCAUACUAGGAGACUUUUUUUAAUAAUAGUACUUUGUGCUUUGAUAGUAUUAUUAUUCCUAUCAACCAAAGACCCCAGAAUUACUUAAAAAAAAAAAAAAGAGAAAAUGGAAAACACUGCUGCACACCAAAGGUUUAAAAAUAUUUUCCAAAUGCACUAGGAACAUCAUAAAAAAAUAGUAAGGAGUCAACAGAACGCUGAUUAAGAUACUGCCCUAAACAAAUCAUUCAUUUAAAAAAGCACUGUUAAAUAGCUGGGUCUUUUUUUGGGGGGGAGGGGUAGAAAUUGAAGUAGAACUUCUCUGUAGAUACAGGCAAAAUUCUGACAUUAAGUUUCAAUUUGCUUUGAGAAGUACUUUUAGUGAAGAUAAACAUGAUAUAAUCUGAUGAAAAACAGAAUGUAAAUCCUUUGGCUUCCGAAACAGAAUGCCACUCCCCUGCCCCAUGUCCUCUAAUCCAAUGCCCACAUGUGUAACCUGCACCAUUUGAAACAUGUUGACAUGUCCAUCAGCUUGCACUUUUUUUAGUUGCAUAAUUGGAGUUCAGUCAUGGUCAUUUUCAACAUCAUUCACUCAAGCAAAUAUGCCUAGUUUAAAUUUGACGACAUUUUAAUUUUUCUUCGCAUGGGUGUUUAAAUAGUUCUGUUACAAAUACUGUCCCUGCGCAGUUCUGAAUUGUCCUUUUAUAAAAAGUGAUAUUCUAGUUUCUUCAUAAGGUAGUGAUUAUCAGCCUUACUAAUUACCUUGUAGCCUUUCUUAACAUGCACAUAAUGCACAUUUUUUCCAAUGACUAGAAAAUGCAAAACACAAGUGGAUAUCAUAUGUUGCAUCUAUUUUCAUGUCUUUCUAAAAACAGGACUACUAAAAUCUCUGGGAUACAUGAGAUAGUAAAAACACGAGGAUUAUAAAUUAAUAGCACAUAACAAUUAUUUUCUUGAAUUUAAACUUAUUGCAGCCAGUUUCAGCAUGUAAAUAUAUAAUAAUGUUGGCUAGUGUGUCAUUCUUCAGCUAAGAAAUAUAAAUAAAAAUUAAAAUGUUUA